AGUUUGAUAUAUUUUCACACUCCAAAACCAACUGUCACAGCAAAUAUGUUAUUGACAAUUUUCAUCUACUUUUUUUUCCCUUCUGGAAUCACUACACAGAAUCCACUUGAAGACUGCAAACAUAUGUCUGAAAGUGAAGUUUCCAAUGGGGUUAGUGAAUACUAUAAUCUUGGAUAUUAUUCAGGUGGAUACACACCAAAUACUGUGGAAUGUGAGCGCCUUAGCUCACCAAAAACAAACCCCUACUUUCUUGUCAAAGUCAUAGCUACAGACAUGGAGGAGUCUCCAGGCUGUUUGGAUGAUGUUGCCGCAAUAUAUAAUGGCUCUACUGGAAACCUUGUCCGCAAGUGGUGUGGUCAUAUGGCAAACUUUUCAUUCGAAAUCAGUGGAUCACAUGAUAUUUUCUUCUAUUUUAAGGCUGAUUCUGACAGUCAUGUUGGAAGAGGUACAAAAUUUGAAAUUAUUGUACCCCAGAGUAGACUGCAACAGACCGAAUCAUCUGGUAUAAACUUACCAAUUAUCCUUGGUGGGGGAAUUGGAGGUUUUGCUGGUUUUAUUGGCUUUGCUUGCAUGAUAUGGUGUAUAUGUAAAUGGUGUUGCUUGUAAAAACUAGCUCUCUAUCAAACUAUUUCACUUUUAAAAAGAAUCAUCAAUAAACUUGUGCACUUUAGUUCGAUAUAGUUGCUUUUUAAAAACCAUAGACUUAAUUACUUUUAUUUAGAAUUAUAUUAAGGCCUGAAAAAG